GCGAAGCAACAGUCGAGCGAGUAUAGUGCUGCAGCGAUUGAGAGACGCCUUGUAGCCUCGCGCUUUCAGUGGCAGGGGAAUUCGCGAUGCGUUUGUUUCGCAAGUACUUCAACUUCACUGAAAUCGACUACCAGGAGGCCUUCUCCCUGUUCGACAAUCGAGGCGAUGGCAAGAUCAACAUCUCCCAGCUCGGCGACGUGCUUCGCGCCCUUGGCCAGAAUCCCACCGAGGCUGACGUGAAGAAGUGCUGCCAUCAACUGAGACCUGACGAGCGGAUCAGUUUCGACGUGUUCUUGCCGAUCCUGCAGACAAUCAGCAAGAACCGCAGCACAGACACGGCCGAGGACUUCAUUGAGGGCCUGCGCCACUUUGACAAGGACGGCAAUGGCUACAUCAGCUCAGCCGAGCUGAGGCACCUUCUGACCACCUUGGGUGAAAAGCUGACUGACGAUGAAGUGGAGCAACUUCUUGCCGGCCAAGAGGACUCCCAAGGAAAUGUCCACUAUGAAGACUUCGUGAGAAUGGUGAUGAAUGGCUGAACACUCUCUGACACAACAUCUGCAGAGCUUGCUUCGAUGGAGUCGGCUGUUUAUGAAAUGUGGGGCCAACUGUACAUUCCAGAAAGAAUGUGCUCAGUGCUGCCAAGAGAGGAGACCAUAACUCGGUGCAGGUGUAUUGACUGCAUUGUCAAAUAUGUAUUUAUGCUUCAUGGAUGACCUGGGAAAUAAAAGAAAAUUCUGCAAAGGAAAGAAAGAA